AUGCACCUUCCCACUUGGCCGGCGGCGACCCUCGCCGUCUUCCGCCCGCAUACUCGAUGGGUACCUUCGACUUCAAUUCCUUCAAUUGCCCAGCGCAAUAUCUCUUUCGGGCGCACAAAGAAUGACGAUGACCUCACCAACCCUGUCCUCGAGGACUACCUAAAGAGGAAGGAACAAGAAGCAGUCGUAGAUGAGAAAGGCGAGCCAGCACGACCUACACGUCCCGCCCAGCGCACAGGAGACUUCGCUGUUAACCCGACGUCGCUCUUCGCACCCGAGAACGAUAUCCCUGGCUGGCGACAAGACCUGAGUCCGCAGGAGAAACUCGAACUCAAGGCAAAACACCGGCAAAGGGAGCAACAAGCAAAGGCACAGGAAGACAGGAGACUCAUGAGCAUGACCCUCGACCCCGACGAGAAAGCCCGUAAGCGCCUCGAACGCAAACUCGUCAUCUCUAGUGUGAAGCGCCACGGUCGCAUGACAAAGGCGGCGAAGCUACUCCGCACCGAACGUCAAUCGCUUUUCAAGUCGCAACUCCUCCCUACAUCUACCAAGAAGCUACAGAAGGUCGUCAACCAGAUCGCCGGAAAGACCGUAUCAGAAGCCCUUGUACAACUCCGCUUCUCCAAGAAAAGGGUCGCUCGCGACGUCAUCAAGGGCCUCGAAAUUGCGCAAAACGAAGCUAUUGCAGGUCGUGGCAUGGGUCUAGCUGGCGAAGAGGCUGCUGUGUUGCGUUGGAAUAAGCAAAGAGAAGCUACGGAUGCGGGGAGGCCGAAGGAUACAUGGGACUACAAGACAUCGGAAGAGGACGAUAGCGUCGAAGCGAAGAAAGUUAAAGUGCCAUUCUUCAAGGACACGACGAUCCAGUUGAAGGAUGGCAGUAAGAAGGUGGUUCGUGAUCCCAGUGAGAUCUACAUUGAUCAGGCAUGGGUCGGACCCGGAGAGAGCUGGAAGAGCCCUGAGUUUAGGGCGCGGGGUGCCAUCAACAUGUUGAAGCACCGGACGACCAGUUUUUCCGUACUUCUCAAGGAAGAGAAGACGCGUAUGCGCAUCUCCGACGAGAUCAAGAAGAAGCGCGACAACCGCAAGCUAUGGACCGCACUACCCGACCGACCCGUCACAUCACAACGGCAAUAUUGUCUAUGGUAG